GCUAUUUUUGGUUAGCUACCAUCACUAACAAAACUAAAUCAGCUGGGUUUCUUUACCUUGUCUAAAAACUUAGUUUUUUUUAAUAUUAGAUAAUAUAACAACGCCGCUGUGAUAACAAAGCAAAUGUGAUUUUAUAAACACUGCAAUGGGUUACCACUAUUACACUCCUAAAAUUAUAUAACAAAAUUUUGAAAUGAAGUAUUGGCAUAAAAUAUUCCGACAACUUCAAAAAUAAAUUAUUUUAUUUUAAAUUACAAUGGGUGAUAAAGGAUGGAAAAGUGUUUUAUGCGGUGGCAUGGCUGGUGGUACAGACGUACUGAUCACAUUUCCUACGGAAUACAUAAAAACACAACUGCAAUUAGAUGAGAAAGGUGACAAAAAGAAAUAUAGUGGGGUGAUUGAUUGCUUUAGGAAAACCACAAAACAAUAUGGUAUUUUUGGGCUGUACCGUGGAAUGAGUAUAUUGCUUUUUGGAAGUAUACCAAAAACUGCUGUAUGCUUUGGAUCUUUUGAGUUUUUCAAGUCAUAUCUUGUUGACGAAAGGAAGUCACUGUCAACAUUUAAUAGCUUCUUAUGUGGUUUGGGCUCGGGAAUAGUGGAAUCUAUGCUUGUGACAACACCAAUGGAAACUUUGAAAGUCAAACUUAUAAAUGACAGACGUAGUGAGAAGCCAAAGUUUCGGGGGAUAUUUCAUGCGGCUCAUCUCAUAAUAAAAACAGAAGGUUUUCGUGGCAUUUACAUGGGUCUUACGCCGACGUUGCUCCGACAGUGUUCAAAUCAUGCAAUACGAUUCCCUAUAAUGGAAACAUUUAAAAAUUUCUAUAAAGGUGAUGACCCAACUCGGAAGCCUCCAAAAUGGAUGAUAGCUAUGGUGGGAUUUAUGGCCGGCGGUACCGCAGUGCUGGCCAAUACUCCAGUUGAUACAUUAAAAACACGCAUGCAGGGCUUAGAUGCGUCUAAAUAUAAAAACAUGUUCGAUUGCAUCUUGAAAAUAUCUCGUAACGAGGGAGUAUUAGCGCUCUACAAAGGUUUGUUGCCACGAUUCAUGCGUUUAUCUCUACAAGCUAGUGUAAUUUUUACACUUUAUGAUGUAUAUAUGGAAGCAUUUGAUGCAUUGGAAGAAAUGCUAAAAGGAAACACAGGAAAAAGUUGAUUUGGUUGGGUAAUAUGUUUGUGUAGCUAAAUAGUUAGAAUAUUAUGAGAUUAUAUUUUUUAAAUACCCAAACAAUGGUUUGCUGAAUUCAUUUGGUGAUAAAAAAUUCAUAUAAAAAUUAAAUCAUUAAAUUUUUUUAAAUCCUACUAGUACAAUGACUAUACAAUUAGUUAAAUAAAUAUUAAAUUUAUAAUGAUGAUAUUUACACAAA